AUGGGAAUCUCGCGACCGGAAUGCAUGAGCUUGGAAGCUGUCUUCGGUGAUCACUUCGCCUCUCACACCGAACGACGAGAAUUCGUAUAUCGAAGCAAUGCGAGUCAUUUUCUCUUUGGAGAUCUGACUGGCCACUAUGUUGAGAAAGAGGCACUCCAACUGUUAGCUGGGUUACUUCAAUUUCGACGGUCGGGCGAAGGGGCUAGUUACAGUCGAUCUAUUAUCUUCAUUGCUUAUGAGCUGGGGGCCUUGGUUGUGGAAAGAGCUAUUGCGAUUGCUGGUUUCCAUCAAACUAGCUGGACUAGUAUAUUCACCGAUACUGUGAGAUUUAUUUUCGCAGGCUGUUUCCACCGCAGGACGGAUGCCCCCUCAUUCGAUGCCCGGAUAUGGAAGUUUCUAGAGAUACAUAAAACAGAAGAAUGGGGUCAUCUCAUCAGUCCAACUGCAAUCAGGGCGUUGGCAGAGACCGCCAUGGAAUCAACCGGUCUGUUUCUCAGCUCCCGCAUCACCUUGCGCACUCGGAUAAUUAGCAUCUAUGCCAAUCCGGAGACACCGGGAAAGAUUGAUUCAGCAUUUGAUGAAUCCACCGCGGUUCUAGGUAUAUGUACUGAGUUGGCUCUACCCGAAGAACCCACCGGCGAAGCGCAUAGCCCGCUCACCUCUAGGCUGUCUGACAUGGUCUUCAAUGGAUCAUGCAGCUGGAAUCGAUCGUCAUCGCGCACCGCCAUUGAACGAACCCUACUAUCAAUGGCCCUUCCGCACCGUCAGUUCCUGUCAACACGCGUCAUAGACUCACAUCCAGUUUUUAGAAGCUCGGAGUAUAGAUUGUGGAAGACAUCCAGAGGCCCCCAGAUAUUGUAUAUUCAUGGUGAAAAUCAACGGUUGACUACCGAGGCAGCUGAGCAGGUUAUUCUGGCAUGGCAACGGGAGCGGUUUGACAAGAACCUUUAUGACACUGAAGUACACCCAUUCUCUUUCUCCCGCUAUGAUCGAGCGCGUAACUCGAUGGACGCCAUAGUUAGUACCCUUUUGGUCUACAGCUUCUCACGCCUCGCUGAAGGCGUGCCCAACUUCACUACCUGGCUCUUGGAAAACCAGGGUUUGCUGCAGCACGGGUGGACCGACAAGGAUCUGCAGAAUAUUUUGUGCCUAAUGCUGCGAGAUCACAUAGAAAGUACAAUGUUGUGUCUACAAAAUGCUGAUGACUGUAAUACCGCCGAAAGUCGAAAGGUGUACUGGAAGGCCAUUGCGAAAGCCUAUAAGUUUACAGACAUGCGCCCGAAGCUUCUCAUAACAUCAAGGAGGCCCGACGCCUUAAAGGAAGAGCUCCAACUCAGUGCCCCUAACAUGACCCUACACUGUUACAGGGUAGGAGUGGGCAAGCCGCAUGACUGCGAACUGGGUAACUGUCCCAGGGAGAUGCUUAUAUCGCGUUUCUGUCCCUGUGAACACAGAAAGGCUUACAUGCAAGCCCGUUUGAAAGAGCUUGCCUCAAUGAAUUGUGCUGUUCUGAGUGCGAUCAUGGAUAUCAUCUCGUCUCAUACGGGAUGGCCCGAAGUCACAUCUUCACAGACACAUCUGCGAUUUGAUCAGUUCUUCAGCCGUCUAUCUGUACACAGCACGACUCAGUCUGUUCUCGAAGACAUAUUAUGCACCUUGCCAGACAGGUCUUGGAUUCGCUCAACUCUCACCUGGAGCUUGUGUGGAUACCGACCACUGUCAUACCAGGAAAUGGCAAUGUUUUGUCGCUAUCAGUUAGACCCAGGGGUUGAACAGCUACUCGUGAAUAUUGAAUCCAGUAUAGACCAGCCAGAUAUGGCCUACUGGAUGAAGGGACUGCUGGAACCCCAUCAGAACCAAGUCUGCAUUCGUCAAGAGAUCUUGGAAGUCUUCGCACGCGAUGGCGAUAGCCCUUGGACAGAGAUCCGGUCGAAUGGGCCUCAACAGACCUGCUGGUUCUUAUAUCGCUUUCUGACCUCGGCGAGGAUCCAGAGGCAACUCUUGAGCAUCUACCAUGGAUAUCAGGAGAGGGUCUACUCUUCCAAGGAGCAUAUCACUCCACCACUGGUGUCAGAUGGUCAGGAUAUAAUCUAUUAUGCGACUGAAUCUUUCCCAUAUCACUUAUCCAAGGCCCCACUAGUACUUCAAGAAAUUGCACCGGUCCUCCUAGAACGCAAUGGGCCGUUGAGCGCCUGGAUGAAGGUUUAUUGGGCGAUGCAAAACCCUUAUUCUCGGCCGAAAUUGUCCGAUCUGGACCCUGCAGGCGUGUCCCUUCUCACACUGGGGCUCCAAAGCUUUGGGCUCCAUGAAUCCUUAAGUCAAAGUGGACAUGAACUGCCUAUCAGGGUAGCAGGGCUCUCUGAGGCCAUGCGGGUAGGGGAUGAAGAUGCUGUUCUUUACUACCUGAACCAGUCCCAUGGUUCCUUGUCAGUUUCGCUAUUAUGGAGAGCAGUUUUUCUGGACAUGGCACGCGUGGUGGAUACCCUUCUGAAGUAUGGGAUGGACCCCAAUCCUUCCCCGGAUCCUGACAUCUUCUAUCCUUCCCCGCUGUACCUAGCAUGCAGUCUCGGCCAUUGCCAGAUCGUACAGACCUUACUGAAAGGAGGCGCUAACAUUGAUAUUCUUAUGGAUGGUUAUGUUGGCAUCAUGUUCAAGGCAGCUGCAGAAGGAGCUGAUGAUACCAUUCGGGCGAUCGCGGCUGUCCAACACACACUCUUGGAUGCGCCCCAACCAUACACACCCCUCUACGCGGCAUGUUCCCGAGGUUUGUGGAAGACAGUAGAAACUCUGGUACAGCUCGGUGCCAGUGUCGACCUCCCAUUUGACGGCAACAAUGCUGAGCGAGGGUGGCAACCUCUAUGUAUUGCUGCCUUAUAUGGCUAUCCCAGAACUAUUCGAAUACUCUUAGACAAUGAGGCUGAUCCUAAUCUGAGGGGCCCGGGUGUCAAUAUCACGGCUCUGUCACUGGCUGUUUGCGAGUCAGGAGAUCCAGAAUGUGUCCGCUUGCUCCUUGGCCACGGUGCGAAUCCCAACCACGAGCUCCACCAACCUGUCUUUCCAGUGCUCCUGUCCCAGAAGACAACGCAACUAAAUGCCAAGCUUGAGAUUUUGGAUGUUCUAGUUAACCACUCUAACCCGGUCGAUGUCAACGCCGUCGACAACUGCUGGUACCGUGCUAUGACACCUCUGAUGUAUGCUGCAGCAUCCGGGGAUUGUAAUCUUGUCAGGUGGCUUUUGUCGCAUGGGGCAAACAUUGCCAUGGUUGAUGAGAAAAAGCAGAAUGCACUGUUUCAUGCCGUUGAAUGGCAUCACAACUCAGUCGUGCAACUUCUACUCGAACAGGGCUCCCCACUUAUAGAGAAGAACACGGAGGGCACUACAAUGCUUGAACUCGCCAUCGAGGAAGUUGCCAUUCUGCAGCUCCUCUUGGACGCGGGAGCUGAUCCGGAACUGGAAAGCAGCGACGGUUCGACCGCGAUCAACAAGGCCGCCAGCCAAGGCCAAGUGGAUUCUAUUCGUGUGCUCAUCAGGCGAGGUGUGAACGUCCACCACCGGGACGACGCGGGGUGGAGUCCCCUUCUUGAUGCUUGCGGAACGACUCCCAAUGAAGAGGCUGUCCGCAUCUUAUUGGAAUCUGGGGCUAGAUCGACAGACACAACCCCAGGGGAACAGACUCCUUUGCACCAGGCUGCAAUUAAAGGGCAACUAGACAUUCUCAAGAUAUUGCUUGAAUAUCGCAAUGUGCUGAAUAUCGAUGCACAAGAUAAUGAGAAGGACACUGCUCUUGCGGCCGCUGUCCGAUGCAAUGAACUUGAAUGUGUUGUCACACUCAUUCGGGCCGGUGCUAACAUCAACUUGGCAUCUCAUAAAGGAUGGACGGUUUUUCUGUAUGCUUUGGUCUUAGAGCGACCACCAGAGCUCAUCAAUAUGCUUUUAUCCCAGCCAGACCUGGAUAUACAUAGCGUCACAGAGGGGUGGGGAGCCGCGAUUCACAUUGCCUGCCAACAUCUGCAACUCGACACGGUUUAUAAAUUGAUAUCCCGUGGAGCAGAUGUCAACCAGCGAAUAACAGGGCCUAAUUCUACCCCAUUGAUUUCCAUCUGCAACCCCCGACCCUCUGGAAAAAUGAAUCGCCAAGAGAGCCUGGACCGACAGGAACACCUUGUCCGCGAACUGGUCCAGCAGGGGGCUGACAUCUCGGCGGAGCACGGCUUUAUUGUCUAUAAUCCGCUUUCAGCUGCGUGUCUUGGUACAGGUAGGAGUAUCAUCAAAUAUUUGCUCUACAAAGGCGCUUCCCUCCAGCUUCGAGACCCACUGGGCCGUCUGGCAAUUCAUUUUGCUGCUGCCAACGGGCUGGAAAAUUUCGAGACCGUACACCACGCCGCUCCUAGGCUUCUUAUGGCGCCAGAUAAAGCCAAGAAAAUUCCCCUUCACUGGGCAGCUCAGUUUGGUCGCGCCCAAACCGUUGAGGCAAUUCUGAACUAUGUGAGCCUCCCAGCAGACCGGCAACGAUACUUGAAUGAAGCCGACAUUGAUGGUUGGACUCCGCUCUGCUGGGCACUUCGGCCCACAGAGUUGUUUUGGGACCCUAACAUGCCCUCCGAGUAUGCCAACUAUGCAGAAACCGUUCGAUUUCUGCUGGACAACGGCGCGAAUCCGUCGGUACGCUGCCGCCUGGGCAGUGAGCAUGACUUGUAUACGCCCCUCCAGCUAGCCCGUCUCCAUGACGCCGGUGAUGCAAUCAUCGAGCUUCUCCAAGAGGCUUUAGGCAGUAGUAUUUCAGACAGUCAGGACCUAUCUAGUAAAGUAUAUAAUCGACCUCAUGGAUAUUUCUGUGGAAUUUGCUUCACGAACUUCCUGGUCUGUCGAAAGUGCUACGGUCGGAUAGACAUUUACUUGGGCGAUCGGCCGGUCCCUGGACCUGACGCGCAUGUUCACAAGUUCCAAUUAUGGGACAGCGAUGAGCCAGAAUUCCAGAAAACCUGGCCGACUUCGCCUUCUGACGUUAACGAGUGGUCGAGCCAAGGGCUGGACAAUCAUGCUGGCAGUGACGCGAAUGAUCUUAUUUUAGAAGAUCCUCCUGGGUCUGUCGGCAGUAGCACAGCAUCUGGAUCUAAGAAUCACGAUGAUAGGUGGUAG